AUGGCCGACCGAUUCCCCUCUCUCGAUGACUUCGACGCGGGCCAAACCGAAGUCGCAGACCCGACCACCUCCCUCUCCACCGACGAACCCUCCGACUUCCUCGCGCGUGAACGAGCCGCCUUGGGGGAAGAUGCGCAACAAUUCACUUCCUCGGCCGACCAAUCCGCCACCGUCGCCGAUGUAGAAGAUGAUGAUGACGACGACCUAAUGGGAGGUGGUGGUGACUUCUCCUCCUCCAACAACAACAACAACGACAUGAUGGGCGACUUUGAAUCCUCGUACCCCUCCAUCUCCACCACCAACGAAGCCGUGUCCGCGGGCGGAGGGACCAUUACCGGCUCCACCCUCCCCUACCAACCCUCGCACUCCCCCUUCCCCACACACGAUGAAGACGAACCCGAAGUCCUCCGCGAAUGGCGCGAACGCAGAGACCUCGCCAUCCAGCACCGCGACGAAGUCUCGGCCGCCAAAAAGGCCGAGACGGUCAAGGCGGCGCAGCAGGCCAUUGAUGAGUUUUACGAGAAUUACAACUCCAAGCGUGAGAAGCAGGUGGCUCAGACGAGAAAGGAUGCCGAGGAAUUCUUGGCCAAGCGGGAGGAUACGACGAGUGGAGGCACAAGUUGGGAGAGGAUUGCCAAGUUGGUGGAUCUGAGUGGCAAGGGAACGCAGGGUGGUGCUGCCGGCAGUGGCAAGGGGAAGAUGAGGGGGUUGUUGGUGAGCUUGAGGAAGGAUGAAGCCGCGCCUGGUGCAAAGGGCUUUUAA